UCCUUUUAAUGGUUGCAGACCUCCUUUCUCUUGAAUCAUGAGGGAUGAAAUUGCAACAGCAGUUUUCUUUGUCACAAGACUGGUGAAAAAACAUGACAAAUUGAGUAAACAGCAAGUAAAAGACUUCGCAGAAAAGCUGAUGACGAUCUUGUUUGAAACCUACAGAAGUCACUGGCACUCUGACUUCCCUUCCAAAGGGCAAGCCUUCAGGUGUAUCAGGAUAAAUAAUAUUCAGAAUAAAGAUCCCAUUCUAGAAAGGGCUUGUGCUGAAAGUAAAGUGGAUUUUUCUCUCCUGGGACUUCCAAAGGAGAUGACCCUAUGGGUAGAUCCCUUUGAAGUGUGCUGUAGGUAUGGUGAGAAAAAUCACCCAUUUACAAUCGCUUCUUUUAAAGGCAGGUGGGAGCAACGGGAGCUUUCCCAACGGAUCAGCUGUGCCGUUAAUAGAGCCACUUUAGACCACUCCUCUGGCGUUUCCUCCGAUGAAGAAAGUUGUAACAAAGAACCUCAGAUCAUUCCUAAAGUGAGCAAUCCAAAGAGUAUUUACCAGGUUGAAAACUUGGAACAGCCCUUUCAAUCUUGGUUCCAUGUCUCCCGCAAAAAGAAUAUGGCAGAUGGCCGCAUGGGCCUCCUAGGGAACACUUAUCAUGCACUGCAUAAAAAUCCCAAGGGUCCGAGGCCUGCUCCUGUCCCCCGGGUGGACAGGUACCACUGGGUCAACAUGAACCGAUAAUGCAGUGGCUGGGCACUCGGUGGGAUGGAGCUCAGAGGAGCUGCUUCAUUUUCUUUAAAACAAAAGGGAGUUUAAGGUUGAGAGGCCCAUGAAACAGAAAAAGUAAUCCCAUCAGGGACUAGGGUGGCAUAAUGGUGAAUCCUCUCACACAGAUCAUGACUAUGUUCUUAGCUGUACUUUUUAACUCUUACUUAAUUUUAUGUGAAGUUUUAUGUAACACUAAUGAAUGUAUUCAGUAAGGUAAUAGAAUGAAGAUAUUGACCUGUGAUAAGAUUCAAUGAAUUAUGAAAAGUAACAGUUUAAAUAAACAUACUAUGUUUUUAAUACCUUUUCUAGUUCAGUGUUUUUGCAAGAAAGCUUCGAAAGUUUGUGUUUCUUCAUUAGCCAUUAAGGCAGGUAGACCUUCACCUGGGGAAGUGUGAUCCCCAUGAUACGGUCUCCUGGCCACACUCUGUUACCCAUCAUUGCUGCUC